AUGCGGUCCCUGUUCGUGGUGGUGUGGAUCGCCGUUGCGGCCAUCCUCGCGUACAAGAUGGAGAAGGAGUACAGCGCCCCCGUGUCGAUACCGCGCUGUGGGUCGCUGCAGGGCGUCGACGAAGUCUUCGAAGAUCGGAGGCUGCACGUGUACUACGGCGUUCCAUUCAUGCGGCCCGCGCUGCUCCACAACCGGUUCCGGAGGCUCCCGGUCCUGACACGGCCCUGGACAUUCCUGCUGAACGCCAAGAACCAGCGCAGCUCUUGCCCGCAGCCGUCCCUGAUAGUAGGCAAGAUGACCGUGGACAACACGAACACCACCGAGGACUGCCUUUACCUCAACAUAUAUCUGCCGGCGCGAAAGCUGUCAGAGAGGAGCAUUGCCAGGUAUCCCAUCAUCGUGUUCAUCUACGGAGGCGGCUACUACUCCGGCGGCAACUCGUUCCCUUUCUACAGCGGAAAGUACCUGGCCGCAUACGGGAACGCCAUGGUCGUGGUGCCCAACUACCGUCUGGGAGUGUUCGGCUUCCUGCGGUCGUCCAUUAUCGGCUUGAAGGGAAAUCAGGGCCUGCAUGACGUGCACCAGGCAUUGAUGUGGGUAAAAAAAAAUGCUGCGGCCUUCGGCGGCGACGUCCACAGCGUCACGGUCAUGGGUCACCAGGUCGGAGCAGCCAUGAUCGGUCUGCUCAACUCCUUUAGCGGAGCCUCUGAGCUCUUCGAUCGCGUAGUCAUGAUGAGCGGGUCGCCUUACAUGCGCCACUGGAAGGAAGACGGCAAAGCCAAGUCACGCGAGCAAGAGCAGCUGAUGGAAAAGCUCGGAUGUCGGGGGGAUCCGAAAACGUUAUCCGAUUGCCUGCGCAGCGUGGCGGCCGAAUCUGUGCUUGACUUCGCCGCAAAGCUGAGAAACUGGAAGAUAAUGUUCAUGCCGAACGAAUACGAGGACAUCCGCGAUGACGCUAGCGUCGACCUGAAAAGCACCGCCGUUUCCAAGGACCUCAUCAUAGGCACGACGGCUAACGAGGGCUCAUACUAUGCCAGCCUGUUUCUCGAUAUGUUCUUCAAGGGCGACUCCUCGAAACUCACCCGAGUCGAGGCUAUCAAGUAUCUCCAGAACGUCACCGCGGGUCUGGGUUUCCAUGGAUACAUUGACUUGGUCAACUACUACGACCAGAAGUACAAGGACCACAGCGGGUAUAUCUUCUUCGCGAACGCCAUCGGCGACAUAGUGGUCAACUGCCCCAUGAAGCAGUUCGCCCUUGAUAUGACCAGCGUGAACACCAAGGUGUUCAUGUACGUCUUCAAGCACAAGCCCUCGUACUCGAUUAGCCGUCUCGAAGGGGCGGCUCAUCUCGACGACAUCUUUAUUUCACUGGGCCAUGCUCUCGACGCGCCGGUUCUGAACGCGACAGAGGCUGAGAAAGAGCUUAGCAGAGAAAUGCUACGGAUGUGGGCCCGCUUCGCUGCGAGCGGGGAUCCCGUCUCGCUGCGCAAUGUGACGUGGCCACAGUUCACGAAGGGUGAAGGAGUCUAUCUCAACAUCGGCCCCGAACCGACCCUAGCCAGCAGAUACCUGGAGGACGACUGUGACAAGGUGGCCCGGGCUCUCUUCAACUAAAGAAACACCAACGGACGUCUGCAGGUCCCCGGCUUCGGUGUUCAUUUCCUGUGCCUUAUCAUCUGCGUUUGCAUAUUAUAGCGAGAAUAUACUGCGUCAUUACCGAUUACUGACGUUCUGACAUUGAGGUAUUUUACGGAGGUUGGCGUAUUGACGUACUGACAAUACUGAACAAUAAAUUGUCACUAAGUCAGUAUUUCAACGACCUGUUUAACAGCCAGAAUCCUCUACACGCGGCACGUGUUUGCUACACAAUGUCCUCAAAUAUUUUGAUUCAAGAUUUAUAAUGGCACAAGAGCCAGCAGUUGCGCGUACCGCUCACCGCUUUCCUACAGUGUUUAAGCUUAUGCUGACGGUAAUAACCACGUUGCGAUUCUUUCUCCUGUCAUAUUAUUUGAUAUUGACAGAACGCGCACAUUUGUUUCUAUGACCGUGCAUAUUGUGUAACCGGCGUGCUUUUUUGUUACCGCUU